CCCUAAAAAUGACUGAAAACCAUUUUAAAAAAUUACAACCUGGGGAGUUGUGUCCCUUCAAUAGCAAUGGCUGGGAGACAAUGAAGAAUCAGCACAAUUGUCCAGAUCCAGAGUUUUAUCACUGCAUUCCUAACCAGUACAACGAGCCGGGGGAGAUCUGUGUCAAACCAGACUGGGCGUCAAAUAAUCACUGUCCAAUUUUCAAUACUGUUGCCGUUAAGAUUGACCUCAUUCCCUGUGACCUUCAGUAUGGAGCAUGCUCAGACACAGAUUACAGAUCUAAUAAAGUCUAUCUAUAUCCUGGGUGUCUAAACAAAACUCUUAUAAU